AACAUAAAACAUCUUUUGCAGGCUGUUUAGAGGCAGAGACAGCCCGUGCUGAUGAUGUGAUGACGAUGCUCACCCACAUGGCCACGGUGACCGGCAUGAAAGCUGCUUACACACAUUCUUGCCGGGGAGCAGCUGUGGCAAGUCCAUUCAUCAUUGCUGGGGGGAUGCUGUUAGGCGCAGUUGGAAUUUUUAUUGGAGGAGCACUGGGUGGUUUGGUUGGAUGGAUGGCUUCUAAAGAUUUCAAGUCAGUCCCUCAGGUUUUAAUGGAAUUGUCUCCUGCUGAGAGGCAGAAACUCUGUGCUGAAGCCAUGGCUGUUGUCAAGAACUUAGACUGGACUGAUGCUGCUCAGCUGAUUCAAUUUGUAACCACAAGUUCUAUUAUCAGAGACAAGGUAUUAGGAGUGCUAGCCACUUACGUUACCAAGAAGCUAAAGGCAAAACUAAAGUAUAGAAAGUAAUUUUCUGCAGAGUAGGAUUUUUAUGCUGAAUUGCCUUAUACUCCCAUGUUUGUGAAUCUUCAAUGCAACAAAUUCUAGUUAUCAGUACUAAUUACAAAUAUAUGCUGAUCUAAGAAAUUUUGGGGUAUUUGGGUUAUGUGUUUAGGGGUUUUUUAAUUUUAUCAUUAUUGUUAAAAUAACAAUAAAUUGAUAAUAAUUAAUUUUUAUGGAUUUGUAAACAUAUUAUUAGGUUACUGCAUUAUCCUUGCACCGACUUGCUAUGAAAUUUUCGAUUGCUCUGCACUAGGACCAAUUCAAAUUGCUGAAGGGAAUCAU